CCUCUUUUUCUUCCCUUCUUCACUUUUUACUUCCUCUUCUUCUUUCUUCAUUUCAUACUCACUUCAUCAUAUUGCGACAGCCGAAUAAAAUUCAAGUGUCUAAGACAUCGAUAAAUAUACGUUUUACUUUCAACAAACGAUGGUUCAAGAAAUGUCACAUGUCCGUUUCGACUCUGUCGAAGAUGCUAUUAAGGAUUUUGCCGAGGGAAAAUUUGUCAUUGCAGUGGAUAAUGAAGACCGAGAGAAUGAAGGAGAUCUUAUUAUCGCUGCCGAGAAAGUGACAACAGAGCAAAUGGCUUUCUUAAUCCGUCACUCCAGUGGAUACGUUUGUGUGCCCACGGCACCCUCAAGGCUCAAGGAACUGGAUCUGCCUUUGAUGGUUCCUAAUAAUCAAGAGCUCAUGAAGACAGCCUACACGAUCUCGGUCGACUAUGCUCAUGGCACGACCACAGGCAUUUCGGCUCAUGGCCGCGCACUAACGGCUCGCUCGUUGGCCGAUCCCACAAAGACUGCUUGUGACUUUAACAGGCCUGGACAUAUCCUGCCUCUCCGCUAUGCGGAGGGUGGCACGAUCCGCCGUUUUGGGCACACCGAGGCCUCAGUUGAUCUCUGCAAGCUCGCAAAGCUACAACCCGUGGCCGUCAUCUGUGAACUAGUCAAUGAUCGUGAUGGUUCAAUGGCUCGCCGGGACGACUGUUACAAUUUUGCGAAGGAGCAUGGCAUCAAGUUGAUCACCAUCGCAGAUCUCAUCAAAUACCGCCUGGAGUAUGGCUUGAUUGGGGAUGAUUUUUAA